AUGUUCAAUAAAGUUAAAUUAGAAAAAAAUUCCUAAAAUAACAACAAUUUCAGUUAUGAAUUGAUAGGAGUAAAAUAUCCCUAUUUAAAAAAACCAUGUUAAUUGAUUAAAAUCAACCAAGUAUUGUCUAAAGUAAUAGUUGGUCAAAAUUGUGAAUUAUCAAUUUAUCAGUUUAAUUCUGGAAAAUUAAAGUUUAUUUCAAUAACGAAUGCCCAUUUAUAAACUAUUAAUUGUAUUAUGUUCUUAUUGAAAUCAAAUUAAUUAAUAUCAGGAAGUUCUGAUAGCACUUUGGCCAUAUGGUCUACUUAAGGAAUUUGUUCUAAUAAAUAUUAAAUGAAAUUAAAAGGAAAUAAAUUUUCAGUUUUAUGUAUAAUUUUAAAUUUUGAAGAAAAUUUAUUAGUAUCAGGAAAUUCUGAUGAAUCUUUAAGAUUUUGGAGUUAUUAAAAUACUUGGAAAAACUUUUAAACAAUAGUUACUCAUACAGGAAAAGUGUUUAAUUUAUAUUUUAAUAAAGAAUGCUAGUAAUUAAUUUCAGCUUCAGAACACUAAAUUUAGAUAUUAAAUUAAUGCCCCAAUACUAAAAAAUGGGACAUUGUAUAUCGAAUUAAAACUAAUUAUGAAGAUUAUAGCAUCUGUUUUAUAGAUAAUUGUUUUAUAUCGUUUUUACCUAAGAAAUCGAGAUUUAUAAUAAUUAACCAUUUUAAUUAGAGAACUAAGAAUAUUUAUAAAUUCAGCGAAAUUUUAAUUUAAGAUGGUUCAAAAUGUGAGGGAAAUUUUAACUAGUAAUAUAUAAAUUAAAAGUAUAUUUUGGUUGUUAAAAGUUGUAAUUGGAUUCAUUUAAUUGAUUUUUCUAAUAAAUAAGAAUUUAGAUUACAUUAAUCAAUAAAAUUUCUUAAUUCGAAUAUUUCUGGUUCUUUGAGUGAUGAUGGAGAAUUUUUAAUAACUUGGGAUAGCACAUCAGAAGAAUUACAUAUAAGAUAGUANAACAUAAUAUGUGAAAUGAUUAACUAUAAUAUAAAUAUAUGCCCCACUUAUAGAUAACAGAUAGUGUAAAUUAGAGUUAGAUUCUUUUUCUUUUUAAAUUCUCAAAACCAAAAUACAUAGGGUUUGAAUGAAAAAUUAUUUUUCUAAUAAGGGUAAAGCCUAAAUGGUUACUAUAAGAUUAUAGUAGAAAUUUAAACAGAUUUCUAGUCUGCCGCCUUAACCGCUCAACCACGUUUUCUAUGA